GGGUGUUGUGUCCGAAGAAGGGGUUAUCAGUCCCAGGGCAGGGCAGGGCAGGGCAGGGAGAUAAAAUUUACUUAAAUUGGUGAUCGAUCUGAAGAGACGAGAAAGAAGAGAAAAGCAGCUGAAAGAUAGAAAGAGAGAGCGAUGGCACUGAAAGAGCGUAGUCCCGAAACCCCUAAAACCUCCUCCAAGAAUCCACGAGUUGCAGUGCGAUCAAUUGAUACAUAUGCUGCACAAUGCGACAAAUGCUUAAAAUGGAGGGUGAUUGCAACUGAAGAAGAGUAUGAGGAGAUCAGAAGUAAAAUGGAAGAUUCUCCUUUUGUUUGUAACAGAAAACCUGGUGUAUCUUGUGAUGAUCCUGCUGACAUUGAGUACAAUGCCACUCGAACCUGGGUCAUUGAUAGGCCUGGCAUUCCAAAGACACCAGAAGGUUUUAAAAGGAGCUUGGUUCUUAGACGUGAUUUCUCCAAAAUGGAUGCUUACUAUAUCACACCCACAGGAAAGAAGCUGAGAACACGUAACGAGAUAGCAGCAUUUAUAGAUGCAAAUCCAAAAUACAAAGAUGUAAACCUAUCUGACUUCAAUUUUACCUCUCCAAAGGUAAUGGAAGACACCAUCCCUGAAGAUGCUGUGAGAAAGGUUUCCUCUAGUGGAAAUGGCAACAAAAGGAAGGCAUUAAAGGAUGCAGCUUAAACUGAAACUGAUCUUUCGGCUGAUCUGCAGUAAAUUGUUUUGGGGUCUUGUAUCUUGUGAGAAUGGUCUGGUGAGAAUUUCCUGCAGCUUUUCACCUUUUGUGAGGAUUUUGUUUAUCCCCGUCGAUAUUGAUGUGGUUUAUGUCCCCUCUCCUCCUCUUCCUCUCCCAGGCUUGUCUUAAUUAUUGCAAGGCAACUAGAAAGAGCUGAUGCUUUGAGACAGAUGGUAGAACAUUGGUUUUUUUUUUUAAUAGUUAAACUAAUUGUUAAUUUACUGUUAUCUUUAUUUAUUCGCAUUAGAUGUUUCACAAUCUGCUGUAAUCUUUUCUGGCUGCGGAAUCUGGUCUUUUUUUUAUGGAAACCUGUAGGCAUCCGUGGUUACUAUGAUUCCCGAGGUGAGAGCAGGGGUGUUGUUGCUGGAAAAGUUUAUCUGGUUUUGGGUUUGGGGGAGACAGCAGAAGAAUUAGUUUUCCCUUUGGAGAAACCUGGGAUCAUGGACCAUACAGCUUGCCAUUGUCAAGGAAGUUAGCAAUGCGAUUGCAUCUGUGACCAGCAUCAAGAGGUUGGUCUAGCGACACAACAAGAGUGUCAGCUUCUUGAUGGUCGAUUUCAGCAAGGUUUAUCAUUUCAAAUUGGGAAAUAACUCCAGUGUCAUGAAUGGUCUGGUUAUGCAUGUUUUGAAAGCACGUGGCAGGUCAAUGUGAAUUUCUGAUAUUGUAGUUUCUCACCAUCAUUACUGAUAAUUGACCA